GUUGCAAACUGCAAAGUUGUCAGGAAGCUAACCUGUUAGCUGUAUACUUAUCAAACUUAAACAGUGGCUUUUUAGGACAUUUGUUUUAAACCAACUUGGUCGGAAAAGCCGACUGAAACUGAAAUAUUUUAGGUACCGAUAGAAAUAGUCAAAAUGUAAAGAUAAAGUAACGUUAUUCUUGUCUUCAUAUCAAAGACUGACAUCUUGGCCUUCGACUUCAGACUCGGAACAAUUUUGAACAUCUGGCUGCUCUCCAGUGUCUGCAGCCUAAUAGCGCUUGGUUUUGGAAACGGAGCCAGACAGCGUUGUGGUAAAAAGAGUGUAGGCAGCCACUCGCUGCCUCACUAUGGCUGACCCUGAGACUCCUCGCAAAGGGGGAAAGGGUUCUACAAAGUCCAAGCGCUCCGGUUCGGGGAAGGGCCGGAAGGGGAAAGCAGCGGGGUCCACACCAGCGUCUGAGGAGGCGUCCACACAGCAGCCACAGAAUGAAGAAGAAUUGGGCAGUGCAGAUGAAACUCAAGCAGCCGGUGACAUAAUGGCAUCAGCCGGUCCAGAGGAGGAGCCGGACGCAUACACCGUGAGCCUGAGGGAUCUGUUUAAGACGCGGGUGGCGAUCGGCGGCGUGACGGAGGCCUCCUGGAAGGACGAGCACAACCAGGCGCUGGACACGUUCGUCGCCGAUGUGACCGUCAAGCUGCUCGUCGUGUACGUGGACACGUUCGCCGGCCUGAAGACGGGGUUCUCCAUGCCUCCACAGGCGAUCGACCAGCUGGCCUACUUCAUCCGCGCGGAGGGCACCGUCAUCCAGCCGGAGACGUUCGAAGGCACAGUGCAGUUUGGGAUGAUGCAUGGCGCUGCCAGCGAGAGCCUGCUGCGCCUCAUGAACGCCGUGUUCGCGCCCAACGCCACCCUCAGCAACGCCUGGCCCGAGAGCAUCAAAAACAACUACCUGGGCCACAUGCACCGCUUCCUCACCACACUCACAGAUGCCCGCUUCAAGCUGUCAGGCAACACUGUGCUCUACGUCCCCAUGGAGGCCAUGCAGUGCACCCCUGAGGAGGCUGCCAAGGACAAGGAGCUUGUGCAGAGAUUGGAAAUGGUGAUGAUCCACUGGACGCGUCAGAUCAAGGAGGUGCUGAACGCCCAGGAGACGGUGGAGACGGGCGACACCGCCGGCCCCCUGGAGGAGCUCUCCUUCUGGAGCAGCCGCUGCUCCGACCUGUCGGGCAUCAGCCAGCAGCUGCAGCAGCCCGGCGUCACACACAUACACACCGUGCUGCAGAUCUGCAAGUCCUCCUACGUCGCCCCCUUCUGCAAGCUGGCCAAGCAGAUCCAGGAUGGCUCGAUGCAGGCGCAGUCCAACCUGUCCUUCCUGUCUCUGCUGAGGGAGCCGUGCGAGGAGCUGGCCCAGCUCAAGCCCAGCCAGUUGGCCCCCAAGCUGGUGCACAUCCUCAACCUGAUCCGCGUCAUCUGGGUCAACUCCAUCUACUACAACACCCGAGAGAGGCUCACCGCCCUCUUACGCAAGAUGAGUAAUGAGAUCAUCAGGCUGUGCUGCAGAGAGAUCUCGCUGGAGCGCAUCUUCCAGGGCUACAUGGUCUCCAGCAAGCAGACCCUCCAUGAUUGCAUCCAAUGCUGCCUGGCCUGGAGAGAUCUGUACCUGCACUCUUCACAGCUUCACCACAAAUACUCUGCCACGGGAUGGGUACUGGACCAGACUAGCAUCUUUGCGUUGGUGGAUGCCUUCGUUCAGCGGUGCAAAGACCUUUUGGAGGUGUGUGACUGCCAGCAGCAGUUUGCCCGGCGCGAGGAGGGCGAGCAGAUGCCACUGCCGUGCUUCGCGGGGCGCCAGGGGACGGAGGUGACGCGCAGCCUGCUCGAGAUGGAGGCCACCUUCGACAAGAGCCUCCAGAUCCUGCGCACCGUGCGCAAGGGCAUCCUGGACGUCAAGAACACCUCCUGGCACGACGACUACAACAGAUUUCGUGCAGGGGUGAAGGACCUGGAGGUGAUGAUGCAGAAUCUGAUCAACUCAGCCUUUGAGACAACGAAUACGGUGGAGGAGGGCGUUCAGCUGAUCGAUGUGUUCCAGCACCUGUCUGGCCGAGAGGCCAUCAAGCGCACCAUUGACCGUAAGACAGUGGACGUGUACAGCCUCUUCAAUAAGGAGCUCAACCUGGUCAACAAGGAGCUGAGCCGCAAGACCUUCCACCUGCCUGCCCACAUGCCCAAGAACGCCGGGCAUGCCCACUGGGCACGUGCCCUCCGCCGCCGUAUCGACAAGCCCAUGGAGGUGUUGCAGAAGGCCCACUUCAUGCCCCAGAUUGGCAGCGGUGAGGAGGUGUGCCUGGCCCACGCCCAGCUGGUGCAGACGCUGGACGAACUGGUGCGGCGCAUCUUCAGCGAGUGGAGCCAGUCCCUGGACCGCCAGAGCCUCAAGCGCCUCGACCAGCCCCUCAUGGUGCGCAGUCGGGACCGCAAUGGCAUGCUGGACAUCAACUUCGACAGGGGCCUGUUGAACAUGUUCAAUGAGAUCCACUACUGGGAGCGUCUGCUGUUUGAGAUCCCGCACUACGUGUCCGAGGUGUACCAGCGUCGCGAGGAGCUACGCAACCUCAGAGAGAACGUGCUGCUGGUGGUGCGCGACUACAACAGGAUUAUCUUGGCUCUGUCUCCUGAAGAGCUGAAGCUCUUCAAAGAGCGGAUCCGCUUCCUGGAUAAGAAGAUCCAGCCUGGGCUCUCCAAAAUCCUCUGGUCCACCAAAGGGGCCUCUAGCCAGUUCAUCAAUGACUGCCGGCUACAUUCCAGCAAGGUGCAGCUGAUAGUGGACGAGUAUAAGUUGGCUAAGCUGGCGAUCGGCAGGUACUGCGUGACCAUGAGUGAGCUGCUGCUGGUGCGUGUGGACGGCAGGACGGUGUACCGCGAGGCCGAGCUGGAGCAGGACCAGCAGGCCCACAAGCAGAGCCAGCUCGGCCGCCUGAAGGCCGCGCACCAGGACAUCGUGACCAUCAUGGGCAGAGUCUAUGAGACCUUCCGUCAGGACGGACCUGAGGUGCAGCAGCACUGGGUGACGUUCACUGAGCACAUGGACAGCAUGGUGGAGGAGGCUCUGCGCCUCAACAUUAAGCGCUCGCUGCAAGAGCUCUCUAAAGCCAUCAACGGAGACAGCAAGACCUCCCCUAACCCUCUGUUCAGGGUGCAGGUGGUGCUGAGACAGGGAGCCCUCUGCACCACGGAGCAGGUGGAGUUCUCCCCUACCCUGCAUAAGCUGGCUGAGCUGGUGAACAGUAUCAGCCCGCAGCUCAUCAGCACCAUCUCAGUGUUCCAGCGCCUACCUGACCUGCUGACACGUCGACGCUCACAGAGGAAGCCUGUACACACCAUCAUUGAGCAAGACGAGGAGGUGUGUAAGAUCCAGGCGGCCAUUGCUGCGGGGAUGACGGCCAACGCCGCUCACCUGCAGGCCUACCUGAAGACGUGGGACAAGCACCGGGAGAUCUGGGAGAUCAACAAAGACCUCUUCAUCCGCCGUUACCAGCGCCUCAACCCCCCCGUGUCGUCAUUUGAUGCUGACAUUGCCAGGUACACGGAGGUGGCGAAUAACGUGCAGAAGGAGGAGACGGUGCUGAGUGUGCAGUUUGUGCUGCUGGACUGCGCGCCGCUCAAGUUCUCGCUCGUGCAGCACUGCAACGAGUGGCAGGGCAAGUUCACCCAGCUGCUCAGCCUCAUGGCCAGCACACGGCUCAGGGAGCUGCACACCUUCCUUCAAGACAACGCACACAGGCUCAGUCAGCCUCCUCAAACACUGGUGGAGCUGGCAGACAGCCUGAAGCGGUUGGAGACGCUGCAGGGAGACCUGGGUAAGAUCGAGAGCCAGAUCCCCCCCAUCCACGAGCAGUUUGCCAUCCUGGAGAAGUACGAGGUCACUGUGGACCAGUCGGUGCAGGAGCUGCUGGAGGCUUUGAAUGGCGAGUGGGUCUGGUUCCAGGAGGUGGUGAUUGACAGCGACAUCAUGCUGAAGAAGCACAAAGACAAGUUCAAGAGCGGCCUCAUCUUCUCUGCCGAGGAGUUCAAGAAGAAGAUGCAGGCCUCCGUGCAGGACUUCAACAACACAGGUCCCUUCAAUAGUGCCGUGGGCUCUGGGGCAGCUCUGCAGCAGGUGGAAUCUCUCUGUACGCAGCUGCGGACACUGAAAGAGGAGGAGAGUGGCAUCCGCAAUGGUCUGAGCAUGUUCAAGAUCGAGCAGCCGAUCUCCAAAGACAUCCAGACCCUGGAGAAGGACCUGGACUCCCUGCAGCAGGUGUGGGAGAUCACGCAGCAGUGGGAGCAGCACUGGGACGAGUGGAAGGUGGGCCGCUUCAGCACCCUGGAGACGGAGAGCAUGGAGAGCACCGCCCAGGCCCUCUUCAAGACGCUCACCAAGCUCAGCCGCGAGCUCAAGGAUAAGCAGUGGGAGAUCGUUGAGACAUCCAAGGGCAAGAUCAGCCAGUUUAAGACGACCAUACCCCUCAUCACAGACCUGCGAAAUCCAGCCAUGAGAGAGAGGCACUGGAAUCAGAUCCGGCAUGAGGGGCAGUGUGCGUUUGACCAGACGAGCGAUGACUUCACCCUGGAGAGGAUCGUGGCGCUGGGGCUGGACCAGUACGCCGAGCGCAUCUGUGAGAUCUCAGGCGCCGCCAGCAAAGAGCUCUCCAUCGAGCAGUCACUGGAGAGCAUCACCCACACUUGGGAGGAGAUAUGCCUCGACAUCGCCCCGUACAAAGACAAAGGUCACCACAGGCUGAGGGGCACAGAGGAGGUGUUCCAGGCCCUGGAGGAAAACCAGGUGACCCUGUCCACCAUGAAGGCGUCUCGGUUCGUGCGUGCGUUUGAGAAGGUGGUGGACUACUGGGAGCGCAGCCUGUCCUUGGUGCUGGAGGUCAUUGAGAUGAUUCUCACCGUGCAGAGGCAGUGGAUGUAUCUGGAGAACAUUUUCCUGGGAGAGGAUAUCCGCAAGCAGCUUCCCAAGGAGUCCACGGAGUUCGACGACAUCAACUCCAGCUGGAAGACCAUCAUGGAUCGCCUGCACAAGGACAACAACGCCCUGAGAGGGACUCACCACCCAGGUCUCCCUGAGAAGCUGUCGGAGAUGAACAGCAAGCUGGAGGAGAUCCAGAAGUCACUGGACAUGUACCUGGAGACCAAGCGGCAGAUAUUCCCCCGCUUCUACUUCCUGUCCAAUGACGACCUGCUGGAGAUCUUGGGCCAGUCGCGCAACCCAGAGGCCGUGCAGCCACACCUCAAAAAGUGCUUCGACAACAUCAAGAGUCUACGCAUCGGCAAGGUCGGGAUCAGCGGUAGUAAGUCAGAGGCUAAUGGCAUGUUCUCUGCUGACGGGGAGUAUGUGGAGUUCACCCACCCAGUGCUCCUGGAAGGGCCUGUAGAGGCAUGGCUCUGUGAUGUGGAGCGCACCAUGCGCUGGUCCCUGAAGGACUCCCUAAAGAACUGCCGCAUGGCCCUCAUCAAGAUGACAGGAAAGAGGGACAAAUGGGUGAAGGACUGGCCUGGCCAGAUGGUCCUCACUGCCAGUCAGAUCCAGUGGACCACAGAUGUCACCAAGGCUCUCCUGACCAGCAAAGAAAGAGGAGACAAAUCUGCCCUCAAGUCCAUGAAGAAGAAACAGGUGUCCAUGCUGAAUCGUUACUCUGAGGCCAUCCGGGGGAACUUAUCCAACAUCAUGCGCCUCAAGAUUGUCGCCCUGGUUACGGUGGAGGUGCACGCGCGUGAUGUCAUCGACAAGCUGGCUAAGGCAGGCUGCUGUGAUGUCAACGCCUUUGACUGGCUUUGCCAGCUCCGCCUCUACUGGGAUAAGGAAGUGGACAACUGCAUCAUCAGGCAGACUAACACCCACUUCGCGUACGGCUAUGAAUACCUGGGCAACUCAGGCCGUUUGGUCAUCACCCCCCUCACAGACAGGUGUUUUAUGACCCUGACCACGGCUCUUCACCUGCACCGCGGCGGAUCCCCCAAGGGUCCGGCUGGCACGGGUAAGACGGAGACGGUGAAGGACCUGGGCAAAUCGCUGGGCAUGUACGUCAUCGUGGUCAACUGCUCCGAGGGCUUGGACUUCAAGUCCAUGGGCCGCAUGUACUCUGGCCUGGCACAGACAGGCGCGUGGGGCUGCUUUGAUGAGUUCAACCGCAUCAACAUCGAGGUGCUGUCAGUAGUGGCCCAGCAGAUCCUCUCCAUCCUGUCGUCGCUCUCGGCCGGCGCCACCUCCUUCAUCUUCGAGGGUCGCGAGAUACGCCUCGUCUGGUCCUGUGGCAUCUUCAUCACCAUGAACCCCGGCUAUGCUGGGCGCACUGAGCUGCCUGACAACCUGAAGUCCAUGUUCAGGCCCAUCUCUAUGGUGGUACCAGACUCCACUCUCAUCGCUGAGAUCAUCCUUUUCGGCGAGGGCUUCAACAACUGCAAGGUGCUGGCUAAGAAGGUGUUCACGCUGUACUCUCUGGCCGUGCAGCAGCUCUCUCAGCAGGACCACUAUGACUUUGGGCUGCGCGCCCUCACCUCGCUGCUCCGCUACGCCGGCAAGAAGCGCCGCGUCUGCGCCGACGUUGCCGACGAAGAGAUCCUGCUGAUGUCAAUGAAAGACAUGAACAUCGCUAAGCUCGCCUCCAUCGACGUGCCGCUCUUCAGCGCCAUCGUCCAAGAUCUCUUCCCCGGCGUAGACACCCCCACCAUCGACUAUGGCCAACUGAAGGAGAUGAUUGAGAAGGAGCUGCGUGCCAGCGGCCUGCAGGUGACGCCCUUCACCGUGAUGAAGAUCAUCCAGCUGUACGAGACCAAGAACUCACGCCACUCCACCAUGAUCGUGGGCAAGACGGGCAGCGGCAAGAGUAUCACCUGGAAGACCCUCCAGAGCACCCUGUCCUCACUGCACCGCAAGGGAGAGUCCGGAUUCAACCACGUCCGCGAAUGCCCCCUGAACCCCAAGGCAGUGAGUCUGGGCGAGUUAUACGGCGAGUACGACCUCUCAACCAACGAGUGGACAGAUGGCGUACUGUCCUCCCUGAUGAGGAACGCUUGUGCAGACGAGAAGCCCGAUGAGAAGUGGAUUGUGUUUGACGGGCCGGUGGACACGCUGUGGAUUGAGAGCAUGAACUCUGUGAUGGACGACAACAAGGUGCUGACGCUCAUCAACGGAGAGAGGAUCUCCAUGCCUGAUCAGGUUUCUCUGCUUUUUGAGGUGGAGGACCUGGCAGUAGCCUCCCCAGCCACCGUGUCUCGUUGUGGGAUGGUUUACAACGACUACUCUGACUUGGGCUGGAAGCCUUAUGUCAGGUCCUGGAUGGACAAACGAAAGAAGGUGGAGGUGGAGCACCUGCAGCGCCUGUUUGAUGCGUACACAGAGAAGACUCUGCUGUUUAAGAAGGGCAACUGUAAGGAGCUGGUGCCCAUCACUGAGCUCAACGGUGUCAUGUCCCUGUGCAAGCUCUACGACACGCUGGCCACCUUAGAGAACGGGGUGAACCCUCAGGACUCGGAGCACUACGGCCGCAUGGUGGAGCUGUGGUUCCUGUUCAGCCUCAUCUGGUCGCUGUGUGCCUCAGUGGAUGAAGAUGGACGUAAGAAGAUCGACAACUUUCUCCGCGAGCUGGAGGGAACCUUCCCUAAUAAGGACACCAUCUAUGAGUACUAUGUGGAAACCAAGACCAAGGGCUGGGCGCCAUUCGAGAACAAGCUGCUCCAAAGCUGGCGGUACCCUGCCAACGCUCCCUUCUAUAAGAUCAUGGUGCCCACUGUGGACACGGUGCGUUACAACUUCCUGGUGCAGGCGCUGGUGGGCAGCCAGUACCCAGUGCUGCUGACCGGGCCGGUGGGCACGGGCAAGACCUCGGUGGCCCAGGGGGUCCUGCAGGCCCUCAACCCCACCAAGUGGACCACGCUCACCGUCAACAUGUCCUCACAGACCACCUCUGAUAACGUGCAGGCCAUCAUAGAGAGCCGCGUGGAGAAGCGUACUAAGGGGGUUUACGUGCCGGUGGGGGGGAAGCGCAUGCUGGCCUUCCUGGACGACCUGAACAUGCCGGCGGUGGAUGACUUCGGCUCCCAGCCCCCCCUGGAGCUGCUGCGCCUCUGGAUCGACUACGGCUUCUGGUACGACCGCCAGAAGCAGACCCUCAAGUGCGUCAAGGACAUGUACCUGCUGACCUCGAUGGGGCCCCCUGGUGGUGGGAGGACUCAUAUCUCUGGGCGCCUGCAGAGCCGCUUUAACCUCAUCAACAUGACCUUCCCUGCGGAGUCUCAGAUCAAGCGUAUCUAUGGCACCAUGAUAAACCAGAAGCUGCAGGAGUUUGAGGAGGAGGUGAAGCCCAUCGGGGGCAUCCUGACUCAGGCCACGCUGGAGCUCUACUACGCCAUCGUCGCCCGCUUUCUGCCCACGCCCGCCAAGAUACACUACCUUUUCAACCUCAGGGACAUCUCUAGGGUGUUCCAAGGCUUGCUUAGAGCCCACAGAGACUUCCACGACACCAAACAAAGCAUCACUCGCCUUUGGAUCCAUGAGUGCUUCAGGGUGUUCUCCGACCGGCUGGUGGACCAGGCAGACAUGGAGGCGUUUGUGGCGCUGCUGACAGACAAACUGGGCUCUCUGUUUGAGCAGACCUACCACAACAUCUGCCCCAACAAACAGCAACCCAUAUUCGGUGACUUCCUGAGGGAACCGCGCGUGUACGAGGACCUGCUGGACUUCAAGGCCCUGAAGAGCUUCAUGGAGACCCAGCUGGAGGACUACAGCCUGACCCCCGGCGUGGUGCCCAUGAGCCUGGUGCUCUUCCGCGACGCCAUCGAGCACGUGACGCGUGUGGUGCGUGUAAUCAGUCAGCCACGGGGCAACAUGCUGCUGGUGGGGAUCGGAGGCUCCGGGCGCCAGAGUCUCGCCCGCCUGGCUGCCUACACCUGCGAAUACCUGCUCUUCCAGGUGGAGGUCACGAAGCAGUAUCGCAAGCAGGAGUUCAGAGAAGACAUAAAGAGGUUGUACCGCAUGGCGGGAGUGGACAACAAACCCACGGUGUUCCUGUUCAACGACACACAGAUCGUGGACGAGUCCUUCCUGGAGGACAUCAACAACAUCCUCAGCUCCGGGGAGGUGCCCAACCUCUACAAGUCCGAUGAGUUUGAGGAGGUCCAAAGUGCUCUAUCAGACUCGGCCCGUAAAGACAACAUCCUGGAGACGUCCGAGUCCAUGUUCGCCUACCUCAUCGAGCGUGUCCGGAACAACCUGCACAUAGUGCUGUGUAUGAGCCCAGUUGGAGACCCCUUCAGGAACUUUAUCCGUCAGUACCCUGCUCUGGUGAACUGCACCACCAUUGACUGGUUCUCUGAAUGGCCACGUGACGCCCUGCUGGAGGUGGCUGAGAGGUACCUGGACGGCAUAGCCCUGGGGAAUGUGGAGGCAAUCCAGAGCAAGGUGGCGACCAUCUUUGUGACCAUGCACCAGUCAGUCACCGUCUUCUCUCUGCGGAUGAAGGAGGAGUUGAAGAGGCACAACUAUGUCACCCCCACUAACUACCUGGAGCUGGUGUCUGGAUACAAGAAGCUGCUGGCGGAGAAGCGCGGUGAGCUGGGCGAACAGGUGACUAAGCUGCGUAACGGACUCUUUAAGAUCGACGACACGCGUACCAAGGUGGAGGCCAUGUCUGUGGAGCUGGAGGAGGCCAAGAAGAAGGUGGCCGAGUUCCAGAAGCAGUGCGAGGAGUACCUGGUCACCAUCGUCCAGCAGAAGAGAGAAGCCGACGAACAGCAGAAGGCGGUCAGUGCACACAGUGAGAAGAUCGGUGCUGAGGAGAUUAAGUGUAAGGCCAUGGCUGAGAACGCCCAGAGGGACCUGGAUGAGGCCCUCCCUGCUUUAGCAGAGGCCAUGAAGGCGCUGGAGUCUCUGAACAAGAAGGACAUGACGGAAAUCAAGUCGUACGGCCGCCCCCCUGCCCUGGUGGAGACCGUCAUGCAGGCCGUCAUGAUCCUCUUAUGCGUCGAACCCACCUGGGCAGAGGCCAAGAGACAGCUGGGCGAGUCCAACUUCAUCAAGCAGCUGAUGCACUUUGACACGGACAACAUCUCGGACCGCGUGCUGAAGAAGAUCGGCCAGUACUGCACGCAGCCCGACUUCCAGCCCGAGAUCAUCGGACGGGUUUCGCUCGCCGCCCGAUCCCUCUGCAUGUGGGUCCGUGCCAUGGAGGUGUAUGGGCGCAUCUUCAGAGUGGUGGAGCCCAAGAGAGCUCGGCUGAACGCGGCCACGUCCCAGCUGGCAGAGAAACAGAGCAUCUUGGCAGAUUCCAAGGCCAAACUCAGAGAGGUGGGAGAGAAGCUGGAGCAGCUGAAGAGUUCCUACGAUGAGAAGCUGGCCCAGAAGGAGGACCUGCGCCGGCGCUCAGAGGACAUGGAGCUGAAGCUGGACCGCGCCGGCAAACUGGUCACCGGACUCGCCGGGGAGAGAGUGCGCUGGGAGCAGACAGUGGUGGGUUUGGAGUCUAACAUGGGCUACCUGGUUGGAGACUGUCUUUUGGCUGCAGCAUUCUUGUCCUACAUGGGCCCCUUCCUCUCCAACUACAGAGAUGAGCUCGUUACCAGCAUCUGGAUGAAGAAGAUAAGUGAGCUGCAGGUUCCGUGUUCUCCAGGCUUUAGUUUUGCAGUGUUCCUCUCCAAGCCCACGGCGGUGCGCGAAUGGAACAUCCAGGGCCUCCCGUCUGAUGCCUUCUCCACGGAGAACGGAGUCAUCGUAACCCGCGGCAACCGAUGGCCUCUAAUGGUGGACCCGCAAGGACAGGCCCUAAAGUGGAUUAAAAACAUGGAGAGCAAAAGAGGGCUGAAGGUGAUUGAUCUGCAGAUGCCGGACUUCCUGCGGGUCCUAGAGAACGCUGUCCAAUUCGGUUCACCGGUUCUGCUGCAGAACGUGCAGGAGGAGCUGGACCCGUCGCUUGCCCCCAUCCUCAACAAAUCCCUCACACGAGUGGGUGGACGUCUGCUUCUGAAGUUGGGUGACAAGGAGGUGGAGUACAACCUUGACUUCCGUUUCUACAUCACCACCAAACUGUCCAACCCCCACUACACACCCGAGAUCUCCACCAAGACCACCAUUGUCAACUUCGCCGUCAAAGAACAGGGUCUUGAGGCGCAGCUGCUGGGUAUCGUGGUGCGUAAGGAGCGUCCUGAUCUCGAGACGCAGAAGGACUCAUUGGUGAUCAACAUCGCCUCAGGCAAGAGGAAACUCCAGGAGCUGGAGGACGAGAUUCUCAGGCUGCUGAACGAGGCCACAGGCUCGUUGCUGGAUGACGUGCAGCUGGUGAACACUCUGCAGAGCUCCAAAGUGACGGCCACAGAGGUGUCCGAGCAGCUGGAGACCAGCGAGCUGACAGAGAUCAAGAUCGAUACCGCCAGAGAGGCUUAUCGGCCGUGUGCCCAGCGGGCGUCCAUCUUGUUCUUCGUGCUGAAUGACAUGGGCCGCAUCGACCCCAUGUACCAGUUCUCCCUGGAUGCCUACAUCGACCUGUUCAACCUCAGCAUGGAGAAGAGCAAGCGCAGCCACAAGCUGGAGGAGCGUAUAGCCAACCUCAACGACUACCACACCUACGCUGUGUACAGGUUCACCUGCCGAGGGCUCUUUGAGACCCACAAGCUGCUCUUCAGCUUCCACAUGUGUGCUAAGAUCCUGGAAGUGGUCGGCAAACUCAACAUGGAUGAAUACAGCUUCUUCCUCCGUGGAGGCCUGGUGCUGGAUAAGGAGGGCCAGAUGGAUAACCCGUGCACCAGCUGGCUGUCUGAGUCCAACUGGGACAACGUGACUGAGCUGGACAAGCUGACCAACUUUCAUGGCCUCAUGGCCUCCUUUGAGCAGUACCCCCGAGACUGGAACCUUUGGUUCACCAGCCCCGAGCCCGAAAACGCACCUCUGCCAGGUGAGUGGGAGAACAGCUGUAAUGAGCUGCAGAGGAUGUUGAUCGUGCGCUCUCUGCGUCAGGACCGCGUCUCCUUCUGUGUCACCUCCUUCAUCAUCAACAACCUCGGCUCUCGAUUUGUCGAGCCCCCUGUCCUAGACAUGAAGGCUGUGGUUGAGGACUCCACCACUAAGACGCCGCUGAUCUUCGUGCUGUCUCCGGGCGUGGACCCCACCGUGCAGCUGGUGCUAUUGGCCGAGACGUCGGGCAUGGGCCGCCGCUUCCACGCCCUCUCCCUGGGCCAGGGCCAGGCGCCCAUCGCCACCCGCAUGAUCAAGGAAGGCGUCAAGAACGGUCACUGGGUGUUCCUGGCUAACUGCCACCUGUCCAUGUCCUGGAUGCCUCAGCUGGAUAAGCUGGUGGAGCAACUACAGGUGGAGGACCCCCACAAAGACUUCCGCCUCUGGCUCAGCUCCUCCCCCCACCCCGACUUCCCCAUCGCCAUACUACAGGCCGGCAUCAAGAUGACCACUGAACCGCCAAAGGGCGUGAAGUCCAACAUGAAGCGUCUGUACCAUCAGGUGACGGAGGUCCAGUUCCUGCGCUGCCAGAGGCCGGUCCAGUACCGGAAGCUUCUGUUUGCUCUGUGCUUCUUCCACAGCAUCCUGCUGGAGAGGAAGAAGUUCCUUCAGCUGGGCUGGAACAUCAUCUACAGCUUCAACGACUCAGACUUCGAGGUGAGUGAGAAUCUGAUGAGUCUGUACCUGGAUGAGUAUGAGGAGAUCCCAUGGGACGCGCUCAAGUACCUCAUCGCCGGGGUCAACUACGGGGGUCACGUGACCGACGACUGGGACCGGCGCCUGCUCACCACCUACAUCAACGACUACUUCUGCGAGGGCACGGUCAACACGCCGUACUUCAUGCUGUCCUCUCUGAUAACCUACUACAUCCCUAAGGACGGGCCACAGGCAUCCUACCGGGAGCACAUCAGCCUGCUGCCGGCCGUGGAGAACCCUGAGGUGUUCGGCCAGCACCCCAACGCCGACAUCGCCAGCCAGAUCGCCGAGACGCGCACACUCUUCGACACGCUCCUCUCCCUCCAGCCGCAGGUCACCAGCACUGCCGCCACCGGGGCCAGACCCAGCAGGGAGGACAUGGUGUUGGAGCUCUCUGCUGAUGUGCUUCAGAAGAUCCCUCCUCUGCUGGACUAUGAGGGCACCAGACAGCUCCUGCAGGGAGACCCCUCACCCCUCAACGUGGUUCUGUUGCAGGAGAUCCAGAGAUACAACGCCCUGCUGCACACCAUAAGAUCUUCUUUGAUUGAGCUGGAGAAAGGCAUUAAGGGACUCGUGGUGAUGUCCAGUAGUUUAGAGGAGACCUUUAACUGCAUUUACGACGCCAGAGUACCCCCUCUGUGGGAGAAGACAUACUCGUCUCUGAAGCCCUUGGCGUCAUGGACGCGGGACCUGUGCCAGCGCGUGGACCAGUUUGCCCGCUGGGCAGAGACGGCACACCCGCCCGUCCUCUUCUGGCUCUCUGGCUUCACCUUCCCCACCGGAUUCCUCACCGCUGUACUGCAGGCCGCAGCCAGACAGCUCAACGUGUCUAUUGACACUCUAUCCUGGGAGUUCAUCGUGUCCACGGUGGACGACAACAACCUCCUCUUCCCACCCAAGGAUGGGGUGUUUAUCCGGGGGCUGUAUCUGGAGGGAGCUGGCUGGGACAAGAAGAACUCAUGUCUGGUGGAGGCUCAGCCCAUGCAGCUGGUCUGCCCUAUUCCCACCAUCCACUUCAGGCCCAUGGAGAACCGCAAGAAGAUCGCCAAGAGUAUGUACCUCUGCCCAUGCUACUACUUCCCUGUGCGCUCUGGCGGUGCUGGCCGGGCGUCAUUUGUGGUGGCAGUGGACCUGAAGUCGGGAGCCAUGCCGUUUGACCACUGGGUCAGGAGGGGCACCGCCCUACUCAUGAGUCUGGACAUGUAGAGCUCAUCUCUCACACACUCACACACACACACACACACACACACACACACAA